CUUGGGUUACAUGCUGCUCUCCACGCACUUGGUGCUGCCGCAACGACAAAUGUGGUCCUUGAACGACACAUAGCCCAGGUACCUUCGUAUGGCCCUCAGGAUUAAGGGGUAAAGUUCUGUCUUGACCAUAAACAUAGCUUCCAACGUGCUGAUGAUUGUGCGGUCAUAACACAAGUCUGUGGUUAAACGUCACAGCAGCAGAGAGGAGAGGAAGAGGAUGAUCAUGCAGCGCGUCCUAACUCAAGGGAUACUGCGGCGGGUGGCAGCGGUGCACCCAUUGCUGGUGGGCGUCACUGUCCCCGAGCCACCAACAGCAUAUUGUUGCUGUGCCCUCCGCCUGUCACUGUCACCACCGACAGGCCAGCGCUGGCUGUCCACCUCCACCUUCAGCAAGGCAGCACAUGAGCAAAAACAACAGCCGACACAGGAGGAACCAAAAUCCAGCUCCCCGUCUGAAACACAGGAAAAAGUGGAAGCUGGACUUGAUGCUGCAGAGGUGGACCCCCUGCAGGACAAGUCCAUUGGUCUGGUCCAGAGGUUUAAGAGAACGUUCAAACAGUACGGGAAGGUGAUGAUCCCUGUACAUCUCGUGACGUCCUCUUUCUGGUUUGGAACCUUCUACUACGCUGCUAUGAAAGGUGUGAAUGUAGUGCCAUUCUUGGAGAUGAUUGGUCUACCAGAGUCACUAGUUGGCCUUCUGAGAGAUUCGUCGAGUGGCUACGCUCUGACUGCAUACGCCAUGUACAAGAUUGCAACCCCUGCUAGAUAUACAAUGACUCUUGGUGGUACGUCAGUAUCGGUUCAGUAUCUCCGCAAGCAUGGCUAUUUGUCCACACCACCACCGGUUAAAGAAUACUUUCAGGACAAAAUGGAGGAGACAAAGGAGAAACUGACGGAGAAGAUGGAGGAGACAAAGGAGAGAUUUUCGGAGAAAAUGGAGGAAACAAAAGAACUUUUCUCUGAGAAAAUGGAAGAGACCAAGGACAAGUUUUCAGAAAAAUUGCAGGAAACCAAAGACAGAGUUUCCGAGGGAAAAGCUUUUUUCAGGAAAGAAAAAUGAGAAUCUUGUUCACAGACUGGGCCUCUGAAUACGUGAUCCUAGUUUGUUCUCUGUAAGUAAUCAAUGAGAUAGGAGCAAGAAACUGUGACACUUCAGACUGUUUGGAAAGAAGAAAAAGAUGUACUAUCUUUGUCCUAAAGUUUCACCUCACAAGUCCCAGAUAUCAACUGUUGUCGAUUUAGUAGUUAAAAUUCAGUCCCUAAUCGUCCAAACUCUGCUACGAUGCACUGCAAGUUUAGACUGUACGGCAGCUUAGCAGACUCCUGGCAAAUGCUACAUCCUGGCUCAGUCAUCUCAGACUGGAUUUAACCAGGCAUAAAUUACUUUAACUAAUGGUUGACUGAAGAGAAGCUUUGUUCUCAUUUCACAACAUGGAAAAAAAAUACAAAUCAAUCUGUCUGCAUAAAAACUCAUCCAGAGAGGAAGAGAGCAGUGGCUGUGCUUGUGCUUGAUAGAAAAUAAAACUUGAAGCUCUUGGGUUACGUGUGUACAAGUCAAUCACAGCCUUUCUGAAGGCUCGGAAUCACCUUGUGUCUUUUCUAAUGUAUGUGAAUGAAAAUCAUUAUUUCUAAUGAAAUUUUAUCCAGUAGCCCAAGAUAAUAUAUUGUACCACUUUAUGCACUGACUGAAAGUUGUUUGAAAUGACCAAGGGAGAUGAUUGUAUGAAAGCUGUUCGUACAACGGUCCAAGUCUUAUCAUUUACAUGUGAUGAGCUGUAAGUCAUACAUGUAAACAUGCAGAGGCUUCAGAGCAUAUUGACCGUAGACACAGUGUGUAAUGCAUAGUGUGCCAUCUGAAAUGUUUUGGGUACAAAGUUCUUGACAGAUUUAAACAUGUUUCGUUGAAACCACAACUGAAUAAAUUAAAAAUGCUAAUUACCAA